CUUCAUUUAUUCGAAAAAUGAUGUCUGCAGGAAAGUCGAAAUUUGUAAUACUAGCAAAGCGACAGAAAUACCGACAGAAAGAUGGAAGGGAUGAGAGAAAUAGCGACGGCCUACUACGAGAGAGCGAGCGACGAGGAAAAAGAAUCGGCAGAAGAGUUCUUCAGGAACCUAGACGUCAACGGCGACGGAAGAGUCAGCCUCCUCGAACUGAAGAGGUCCGUGGGCUCCUGGUUGUCGAAUGAGAACGUCUUUAAACAACUCGACGAAAAUGGCGACGGAACCCUGGAUUUUUACGAAGUUUUAGCGGUAUAUUACAUGGUAAAUAAAGUGAACCUGCUGGUUUGCAGUGGCUGCUGGGGUUUACUCGUCGGCCCGUACUUUUCUUGCUUGUUGUGUCUGGGAAAGAGCCCUGAUACCUUUGAUCUAUGCUGCACUUGUUACCGUCGCGGAACCGUCGCCCACGAGCACUCGUCCAAGUACUUGUUGGAUCAUCAUUCUCUGCUCGCCGUGCUGAGAGAUCGUAGCAAAGAGGCAGAAAAAAGUCAAGGCAAGAAAGAGAUGGAAGAACUGCGGGAGAUCGCAAGAGCCCACUAUCGAGCAGGUUCUCCAGAAGUCCAGGCUUUGGCGUAUGAGUUUUUCAAAACAAUGGACACGAAUGGAGACGGUAGGGUAGACCUGUCGGAGUUCUUAACGUUCAUGCGACAGGAAGGCUACUCACAAAUGCGUAGUCCUUACUUCUUCAAUGAACUAGACCAUGAUGGUAACGGUGCUCUAGACUUCUCGGAGGUGAUGACACUAUACUACAUCAUUAAAAGUGGACGACCAUUUUGUGAUGGAUGCGGAAACUUUAUACCUGGAAUAUUUUUCUCAUGUGUCGAGUGCUUUAAGAAUCCUCAACGCUCGUUUAAUUUGUGCCGUGAUUGUUAUCGCUCUACCAAAUGUAACCACAAUCACGAUGGCCGGGUUCAAUUUUUGGACAACUACACGUUGCUAGAAGCCAAAAGGGAUGAAGAUCUUGCGCAAUCUGCAGGCGUAAACUCAAAUGAGCCAUGGAUUACUUCCUCAAAUGCGAUCGUUCCAAGGCCGCAGAGUAACAUGUACAUAAAUACUACUUAUCCGACUUAUAACACAUACAUCGUUCAUCCUCCAACUCCGAGCCAUAAUUAUUCGACUGCAAUCGUUCCUGCAUCCACCACGGACAAAUGGAGAUUGGCACUCAAAGCAUUCGAGGUAGCACUCAGCAUUGGGAGUAUUUCCACCACACUGUGUACAAUCCUGUAACAACUAGCAAGCAAAAUGCUGUUCUUCUUGAAAUUGAGAAAAUUUUACAAGUUUAUUGACUUUUCAAUGAUUGUUAUACUGCUUUACAGCUCCUGAGUGAUUUUUGAGUUACUUUUUAUUUUCUUGAUUAUGAUCCCAAGGAAAAUGUUUGAAGCAGACAAUGUAAAGGAUACGAAGAUAAAUUUAUGUGUAAAUUAUGAAAGCUGGUAGCAAAAAAGCUUCAAGGUGUUCUUGCUUGAGAGCUAAUUAAGAUUGUGCAAAAGUUAUUUGAUCAAAACUGUGUCUUAUUUUCUCUUUCUUCUACGUAAUGGGGAUCCAAUUAAGGAAGAGGAUGUGGUU